UCCUUUCUUAUUGUCACCGUCAUAAAGUCAAACACCAUGGCGGACAGUAUGGAAGGAGUAGUCGCGACCGUCGACGAGCCCAAGACCGAAGAGAAGGCGAUUGAGGACAUCCGGGGCAGCUUCGUCCUGCUCGAGCGUGCUGUGGCGCAGUUCGAUACACGCUUCACUCUGCGCGCCCUCCGCUCAAUAUCAUCUCUCCGCAAAAGGCUCACCGACCGCGUACUUUGUUCCGUCAUCAUUCUCACAUACUCGCCCAACAACGCCACGGCACGGACGUUUAUCGAGUUCAUUGGCAUGGACGGCGAGGCGAUUCAGAGCGUCGUGUCACAGUACAAGGAAGAGGUGCAACUUAACAAGAACAGCACCAAGGAGCCGCUGCCAGAGGUUGACGUAUACAUAGCCAUCCUCAUCCAGGUGUAUCUCUAUGACCAAAAGGACUUUGAGGAGGGCGCCGAAUUCUCGGAGAAGCUGGUGGACAAGAUUCGGGAGCUGAACAGGCGGACGCUGGACUCGCUCGCUGCAAAGGCAUACUUCUACUUCUCUCUCUUCCAUGAGGAGAUGGACCCCAAGCCGCCGUCCAAGCAGUCGGCCGUUAUCAACAUUCGCGGGAAGCUGCUUGCGGCUCUACGAAGUGCGGUGCUGAGGAAAGACUCGGAUACGCAGGCAUCUGUCACCACGCUGCUGCUCCGCAAUUACAUCUCGACCGCCGACAUCACGCAAGCCGAUCUCCUUGUCGCGCAAACACAGUUCCCGCCAAACGCCCCCAACAAUCAGGUCGCGAGGUACCUGUUCUAUCUUGGAAGGAUACGCGCGAUCCAGCUGUCCUACACCGAAGCACACGAGCACCUCGUCAGCGCUACCCGCAAGUCGCCCUCCGCACACGUCGCCACUGGCUUCUACCAGGCCUCGAUGAAGCUGCUGAUUGUUGUCGAGCUGCUCAUGGGUGACAUUCCCGAACGCGACGUUUUCAGCCAGCCCCGCCUCGAGCGCGCCCUUGAACCCUACUUCCGCCUAGUCCGAGCUGUCCGCGUUGGAGACCUGCAGGGAUUCUUGAAGGUUGUCCAGAUGCACUCCACGACCUUCCAGCAGGACGGCACAUACACGCUGAUUCUGCGCCUGCGACAAAACGUCAUCAAAACCGGCAUCCGCAUGCUGUCCCUGUCGUACUCGCGCAUCUCGCUCCGCGACAUCUGCAUCCGUCUUGGACUCGAGAGCGAAGAGUCGGCCGAGUACAUCGUGGCCAAGGCAAUCCGCGACGGUGUAAUAGAGGCAUCAAUCGACCACGAGAAGGGCUUCAUGCAGACAAAGGUGGCGGGAGAUAUCUACGCGACCCGCGAGCCUGGCGAGGCAUUCCACGAGCGCAUCCGAGCGUGCCUGACCCUGCACGACGAGUGCGUCAGGGCCAUGCGCUACCCCAUGAACCAGCACCGUCUGGAGCUCAAGAACGCGCAGGAGGCCCGGGAACGUGAGCGCGAAUUGGCCAAGGAGAUUCAGGAGGGUGACAUUGACGACGACGAUGCAGGCGGCGACUUUGAGGGCUUGUAGAUUGCUUGGGGUGACUAGAAGCUGUUUCUCUUCGACUUGUACGAUAGCUGCUUCAGACGGGCAUUCAUAGAGUGGCCUGGUAAUGAGUAGGAGCAGCAUCUAUGAAUAACAGCAUGAGCCUAAUUAUCA